ACGGAGGGGCACGGCUGGAAUUUUGGUGAACAUAACGUUAGUAACAAUGUAGCGACUGCAGGAGGAAUAGAUACAUUCCUCCUUCCAUCGGCCGCCGCCAGAUCUCGAGUCCAGACACAGAUUAUUCAUCUCAGCCCCGUCUACUGUGAACAAAGUCCCUGCAGGAAGUAAACUGCGCAAACACAAUCAGGAAGUAUUUUUUUGUUGUUUAAGUGCAGUGAAAGGCUGUUUAACACCAGGCAAAUUUCUGCAAAGAUCCCACCCCCCCCAUCUCCCCACCUCUCCUCCACAAAGGAGGUGGCCGCUUUGUGUUAUAAUCUGUUAUACGUGAUGGCCUGAUUCAGGAGUCGGCCCGGCUUGUUAUGUGCCUUCUGUGGAUAGUUCAUGUCCGCUGAAGCUGAUGUCACAAAGUGGGUGGAGAUUGGUGACCCAUUUCUAUUUCUCAAGUGCUUCGGUAUUUUAAUCUAAUUUUCCGAAAUGCUGUCUUGAGCAAAAACGAACAUUGUGUUGACUUGAUUCAGCAAACGGGAAGGAGACCAAGCUAUUUCAAAUGGAUUUUGGACUCAGGUGGAACGACCGUGAUGUUGAAAAGGACAAUCCAUUCAGGGAAGCAGCUGCAGCAGAACACCCAAGACGAAACCCUAGGAGGGGUGAUGUAUUCACGAUUUACCAAAGUAGGAAGGCAGCCUCUGCAGAACGUGCUUUACCACAAGGACAGCACUAUAAUAGGAACCAGAGAAAUGCUACAGGAGCACCAGACCGGAGAGGUGGAGCACAUCCAAGGAGAGCACUUUCAACUCCAAGGCCAGGGGAACUGCUACCGACCAGAGAGUUUGGGGGAAGGUACCAAGAAUGUAACUUUACUCCCAAUCCGAGGCAUACCAGCAAGAGGCAAAAUGCUGGCAGAGCGAAUCAAAGCGCAAUUGAUAGAGUCCCCGGAGCUCAGGGCAAUCGCCCAGGUCCGCAGCAGGGUAAAAGGGAUCAGCACCAUGAACGUAGACAAGAGCCAUGGAGAAGGAAUGACCUCCCCGAAGGAGGAAGAGGAAGGCAGGCAGAAAUGCAAGAUAAUCCACGCUUUCAGAGAAGAUCUCAUGAUGAGCACAUGAAGGACAAGGAACACUAUGUGAGAAAGUUGGGUUAUAAAACAUUGGAGAAUCUUUUGGAUAAAGAGUCAUCUGAAAUUGUUAUAACAUUAGCUUGCAGCGCUGGCAUGAUUGACCUAUUAAACCAACAACAAUUAAGUAUUGGUUUCAUCCAACUUAUUUGUAAGGUUUUGUGCAAGGCUUGCAAGUCUAAGACUGACCGUCAAAGCAUUCAGCAUCUUCUCGGUGUGGUAAAGGACUCUCAGUUUCUGAAGGUUCACUUGCCUCACUAUGUGGUUCAGAUGAGUAUAGAUUCAGUGCCUUCCCGGAGGGGGCAGUACCCUGAAUAUAUUGAAAAAAUUCUAUUCUUGCUUCAGGAGUUAAUAAGCAUCUUCCCUGCCAGUUCAGUUCAAGAGGUGUCUAUGGUAAUCUUGGUACUGGAGCCCACAGUGAAUAAUCUAAGGGCUGCUGGUGUUUCCAUUGGUGAAGAGAUUGAAAAUAACAUGGAAAAGAUCAAAAAUAUAAUUCAACACCUGCAGCAGAGAAAGCGAGAAGGAACACUCAAAACUGACACCCUCAUGAUGCUAGACAAUAAAGAAAUGAACCCUGAAGACAACUACAGAACAAUGACAAUAUACCCUACGUACAAUGAGGUGCAUCUUGAAGAGAGGCCAUUUCUGCGACCUAAUCUUAUUACUGAAAAGUAUGCGAAUGCUGAGGUGUACCUUGACACCCAUUUCCGUCUUCUAAGAGAAGACUUUGUGAGACCUUUGCGAGAAGGCAUCUUAGAUUUGCUUCAUAAUUAUGAUGUCAAGGGCCUCAGGAGGAAGAAAUUUGAUGACAUCAGGGUAUAUUUGAACACACGCAUCUUGGUUCCCCUCUGCUCAGCUAGCGGUGUUGGAUAUAAAGUUCAGUUUGACACGCAGCCCUUGAAGUGUAUCCGGUGGGAGAACUCAAAGCGUCUGCUCUACGGCUCACUUGUGUGUUUGUCCAAAGACAACUUUGAGACCUUGCUCUUUGCAACGGUGUCAGAUAGAGAUCCGAAGAAACUUAAGGAAGGCAUCGUUUAUCUGUCCUUUAAUGCACGAAGCCGACCAUUGCUUGCUGAGGUAGAACCCUCAGAUUGUUUCUUGAUGGUGGAAACAACAGCCUAUUUUGAAGCCUACCGUCAUGUUCUCGAAGGACUGCAGGAGAUACAAGCAGAAGAUGUUCCCUUCCAGAAGUAUAUUGUCAAUUGUAACACGGAUAUCCAGGCCCCAAAAUACUUGAAUUUCCAUAGUCGCUAUGAUCUUGAGCCACUAAUGAAGGAAAAAUCCAAACGCUCUGAAACGACUGGAGACCUCUUUGAAUUUUUGCACAAAAAGACCAAAAUCAAUGUACUUGACAAUGCAUCAUGGCCUUCAAAGGAAGAGCUCAACUUGGAUGAUUCACAGAUGCAAGCAAUGGAGAUGGCACUGACUAAGGAACUGGCCAUCAUACAAGGCCCGCCUGGAACAGGAAAAACCUAUGUAGGGUUAAAAAUUGUGCAAGCUCUCCUGCACAAUGAGGAAACGUGGCAAGCAUAUUCACAGAAGUCUCCAGUCUUGGUGGUAUGCUACACCAACCAUGCACUUGACCAGUUUCUUGAAGGUAUCUAUGGAUUUCUGCAUACUGGUCUGGUCAGGGUGGGUGGAAGGAGUAACAGCGAACUACUGAAAAGAUUCACCCUGAAGGAACUGAGGAAUACCAGGGAUUUCAGAAAAAAACUCCCUCAGCACCUGCGAGGAGCCUAUUUUGAAGUAACGAAUCAGAUGAGAGAAUCUGAGCAAAAAAUUUGCACCGCAGCAAGACAUUUGGAGUGCACAACACAAGGAGUUCUUCAUGAACAGUAUUUGGAAAAAUACAUAGCAGGACACUGGAACAGCAUGCAGAGUGGACUGAUUUUUGAUCAUAUGCUAUUACCUAGAGGAAGGCAUUCAAUAAUCUUAGAGUGGCUGGGCCUUGGCUUCAUGGGUGUGAGUGAAAUUCCAGGGGCAUCACCUCUAAACACGGAACAUGCAGAUGGACAGGAGGAUGAAGAUGAGGUUGAAGGUGAGGAGGAGGAAGAAGAUGAGUUGAUUCAUAUCCCCGAGGAAGCAGAACUCAUUCAGGCGGAGAGAGUGAUUGAUGGCAACGAGCUGAAAAUGAGGAACAGGAAGAAAGAAGAUGCUGAUAUUGCUGAACUGGCAAAUACAUUGCUAGCAAUGAAUCUUAACAAAAAGGGAAAUCGGGGAGCACAACCCAUGAAUGAUGAAGGCUGGAUCCAACCACGCGAACAGAAGAAGAAAAUGAAAAAGAAAGCAAAGGGGGAAUUGCAGAAGAGCGGCAUUAUGACUGCAGCGGAGCAGAAAAAAAUCACCAAUAUCUGGCUGCUUCCUCUCAAGGAUAGAUGGCGUCUUUACAGGUUGUGGUUGUCCAUGUAUCAGAUGGAUAUACGACGGCGGAUAAUUCAAGAUGAGCAGCUCUAUCAAGCAGCAGCGGACAGGCUGACAGAGUUGAGGCUGCAAGAAGACCUCUGGGUUCUAAAGGAAGCGAAAGUCGUCGGAAUGACAACUACAGGUGCAGCUAAAUACAGGAAGGUUCUACAGGAAGUACAGCCCCGGAUUGUGGUGGUAGAGGAAGCAGCGGAGGUUCUGGAAGCUCAUUUAAUAACAACACUCAGCAAUGCCUGCCAACAUCUCAUUUUGAUCGGAGACCAUCAGCAGCUUCGUCCAAGUGCAACAGUGUAUGAUCUGGCCAGAAACUUUCACUUGGAAGUUUCCUUAUUUGAGCGACUCGUAAAAGUGAACGUUCCAUUCGUACGGCUAGAUUACCAGCAUCGCAUGAGACCAGAAAUUGCUGAGCUUUUAACUCCUCACAUCUAUGAACAGUUGGAGAAUCACCCAUCUGUAAUGGAUUAUGAAAACAUUAAGGGAAUUUCAUCAAAUCUGUUCUUUGUAGAACACAAUUUCCCUGAAGAGGAAAUCCGGGAAGGGAAAAGCCAUCAAAACCAGCAUGAAGCUGCCUUUGUUGUAGCUCUGUGUCAUUACCUCAUCUGUCAAGACUACCAGCCUUCUCAGAUCACUAUCCUCACCACGUAUACAGGGCAGCUCUUCUGUCUACGCAAGAUGAUGCCUUCUGAAAAAUUUGUUGGUGUGAAGGUACAUGUAGUCGACAAAUAUCAGGGAGAGGAGAAUGACAUUAUCCUGCUCUCUCUAGUGAGAAGCAAUGAAUCGGGCAAAGUUGGAUUUUUGCAAAUAGCAAACAGAGUCUGUGUGGCACUCUCAAGAGCCAAGAAAGGUCUUUACUGCAUUGGAAACAUGAACAUUCUGGCAAAUGUUCCCCUUUGGAGCAAGAUUAUGCAUACCUUGCAUGCGAAAGGUAACAUUGGACAGUCAUUGUUGCUCACUUGCCAGAACCACCCAAAAACGAAGACCUUUGUAUCCAACAAGGAGGAUUUCAGCAAAGUGCCCGAGGGAGGUUGCAGCCUUCCAUGCGAAUACAGGCUGGAUUGCGGCCAUGUCUGCACAAGAGCAUGCCAUCCAUACGACGUCGAUCAUAAGAAAUUUAACUGCUUGAAACCAUGUCAGAAAGUAAUUUGCGGUGCUGGGCACAGAUGUACAAAAUCAUGCUAUGAGAAGUGUGGCAAGUGUCAGGUAAAAGUGGAUAAAAUCAUUCCGAAGUGUAAACAUAUGCAAAAGGUGCCUUGUUCCACGGAGCCAGAAAAGUUUGCCUGUAAAGAACCUUGUUCAAAAAUACUGUGCUGUGGCCAUAAAUGCACAGCGACUUGUGGGGAUGAAUGUGCAAAGUGCAGCCAGGAAGUCUCUAUCACCUUAAAAUGUGGUCAUAAGCAGCAAGUGGAAUGUUAUAUGGAAACGGCUGUAAGGCUAGGGAAUUGUGUUCCCUGCAGACAAAAAUGCAAAGCGCUCCUGGACUGUAAUCAUGACUGUCCUGGAUCUUGCCAUCUUUGCAAUGAGGGUCGCUUCCAUGAGAGUUGCAAACAGCCAUGCAAGCGUGUGCUGAUCUGCUCACAUGAGUGUUUGGAGCCCUGCACAAACCAGUGCCCUCCGUGUAAGCGGAACUGUGAAAACCUAUGCAAGCACAGUAAAUGCAGGAGGAAGUGUGGAGAGCUGUGCACUCCGUGUGUGGAGCCUUGUGAGUGGGCAUGUGAGCAUUACAGAUGUCAAAAGCUGUGCUCAGAGCCAUGCAACAGAGAACCGUGUAAUGAGCCCUGCAAGAAAUUGUUGAAGUGUCGGCAUCCUUGUGUCGGACUCUGUGGUGAACCGUGCCCGAAUAAAUGCCGUAAGUGUCACCAUGCUGAACUCACUGACAUUUUCUUUGGAACUGAGGAUGAACCUGAGGCCAGGUUUGUUCAGCUAGAAGACUGUAAACAUGUGUUUGAAGUGACUGGUUUUGACCAAUACAUGAAUUUGAACAAUGAAGACGAUAGUACGGUUAUAAAGCUGAAUGACUGUCCAAGGUGCCGAACACCCAUCAGGAAGAGUCUUCGAUAUGGAGCAAUGAUAAAAAAGAGCCUCGGCGAAAUUGAGAAAGUGAAGAAGCUUGUUCAGGGAGAUGCAGAAAAAAAGAAGCAAUCUGUAAAAAAAUUAGUGUCUCUCUUGUACACGCAAUCCAUUAUAGCCGAACAGUUUCCAGAUAUGCAUGAUAACUUGUUAUUCUCGUUGCAUUCAUCUGCACCUCCAAUAACUCUGUACAAUUUGACUGUCAUUGAAAAUAAAAUUGCAUUUCUGUGCAGGCUGGCUGAACUUAAAAGACAAGAAAUUAAAUUAAAUUUAUCCAUGAAGGGAAAGUUUAAUACAAAGUUGGCUGAGUGUUUGAAAUGGAUAAACAAACAGCGUGGGAGAUUUACAGAGCAGGAGCUUAAUGACCUGCAAAGAGAAAUUCAAAGGCUUACGUUCCUUGUCGACCUUUAUAUUCGGUGUAAUAAGGCAUCAAGCAAACAACUGGACCCUUCAACAGAACAGACUGUCGCACGUGUGCAGAAAAUCCUCGAAGGCACAAAGAAAUUCACUGAGGAGGAUGAAAAGUUUGUAGAAGAGAACAUGGAAAAAUUGAAGGUGGCUCUGCCUGACAAUGGCCUUGGUAUAUCUGAAAAUGAGAGAGUAAUGAUAGUCAAGGCAAUGGGCCUUCGUCAAGGCCAUUGGUACAAGUGUCCAAAUGGGCACGUCUAUGUCAUCACAGAAUGUGGAGGUGCCAUGGAAAAAACUAAAUGCCCAGAUUGUGAUGCAACAAUUGGAGGUACCAACCAUGCUUUGGAGGAUAGCAACGAGGUGGCUUCAGAAAUGGAUGGAGCUCAAUAUGCAGUCUGGUCAGAUACUGCUAACAUGUUAAAUUACGAAGAACUCUGAGACUUUUUCAGAUAAUGAACAAGGGCGGUCAUUCAUUCCUAUGCAUAAGAUCUUGUACUGUUUACAUUAAUGUUUAGAUUGCUUUAGCUGAAUAUGAUGAUCCUGUUGCAACACAUGGACAUCAAGCUUUUUUUUGAGGGGCGGUGCCCUCUGUUUCAUCCUUUGCAAAUGUAAGGCAAAAAAAUAAGGCUGAAUUACGCUGGGUUAUCUUGUGAUUUAUCUUAAAAUGAUUGUUUACUUUAGAGCAAUUGAAGAUCAGUCAUGUAUUUAAAAUGCUUUAAUCCAAAAUUAAUUUGGGUUAUGCAUGUGUUGUAGUCAAUGCUCUUUGUAAACCCCAAGACAAGUGAGGUAUGGGUGCACCUCUAUUAUGAGUUGCCCAUUCAUAUUAUUCUCUAAUUAUAUAGUUUGCUUCUACUUGUCAUUAAAAUGGGGGCAUUUGUUGUUUUUUCACUGGAAGGUAAUCUACUGUUUUAUUUGCAAAAGUGCACAUUUGGAACCAUCUAUAAAGAAAGGGACACGGUUUGUUUAGUUGAUUUUAUACUUUACAAAUUAAUGUCACUGUCCCUCUGACUGAUGUAAAACUGCAACCAUCAACUAAAGGGAUCGGAGAGCACUCAGGAAAUUUCUAUCUAAAUAUGGGUAUAAUCUUAAGUAAGCUUGGGGCUUUAGGAAUAGCCUGGGGAAACUCAAGUCAGGAGAAGCCAUGCUCCUGCCUUCUAGUGGGACAUUUGUCUUAGGUACUGUAGGCCAAACUAGGUGUGUACCUCCUCUUCCCCUAGACCCAAAUGCAUCAGAGAAAUUAGAUAUCAAGGAAACAAUGUGGUAUUGUUGUGAGUCCUCAACAACAAAAGAUUUAUUUUCAUCUAAAUUUUAAUAUUUUUUGGGCAAGUUUCAUCCUGAUGUGAAGACCCCUCUCUAAUCUUAAAUUUGUCAUAUAAACCAUUUCCACGCAGAAGAUGCUCUUACACAAUUUCAUGAAUUAAUUUAUCAAAAGAACAAAAAUUGAGUACGUUAGGUGGGUCCAAGCUUUGUGGAAGGUAUUGGUUAUUUUAGUCCAAAUAACAGAUCCCAAUUUCUACAAACCUUUCUUAAGAGCACACUCUCUAAGUCCAUCUAGGGUGGAGGAAGACCAAUGAUCUCAAUACAUUGCAGAGCUGCUGAAAACCUCACACUUGCCCUAGCUUCAUAUGCUGAGGUUUGAGGUGGGUGCAUUGUGACGUAUGAUCGAGGAGUAAUAGCCCAAGGUUAUAUCAAUUAAAAAUAAAUAAUGUUACAUUUAUAAGCAGUAAGCACUAAUCCAGCAGAUGAAGUAAUUAUGAAUCUCCAUAAGAACUGCACUACCCAACGUUAGGCACAUUAAAUGAGAACUGGACAAACAAUGGGCAAUAAGCAUAGAUGGACCGUAGUGCGAGCACACCCUGGGCAACACAGUCAGGGUUUUAACAUAGUUUGUUGACCAUGGAGUAUGGUUUCCUUCAAAACAAUGUCUGUCAUUUCGACUAAUGGUAAAUCUCUCCGCAAAGAUAUGUUCAAGCAAAAAUGUAAGAAGAUAAUUACCUACUAUCGAUAUUAUCCUUGUUCCCAGAGAAAGUGAAGAAUUUGCUUUGUUCCUAUUAUAGUGUGGUUGUAUGAAUGAUUUCUUAUCACUUUUCUGUGGUUUUAAUAGAAGGUCAUUUAGGCUUUAGCAGACUUAUGUUUUGCGAUAGAUGAUUUUGUAAGAAACAAAGCUGUUUGUCACAUUAAAUAAACUACUAACUACAGCAUUGUCUGCAACAAAUAUUGAACGGAAUUUGAAUAGCUUAUCCUUCAAAUGUAACUAAAUACAACGUCUGUAAUAAAACUCUCGAAAUAAGUGAAACAAAA